AUGGCAAGUCAGCGUCUGGGUAAAGAUGUAAAGGAGAAGGAGGCGGUGGCUCCUCUGGCGCCGACGCUGCUGCCGCUCUACAGCCCUUACUACAGCUACUACCCGUCGCUGCUGCCCUACUCGCUGGCGCCGCACCCGCUGUCGUCGCUGGUGCUCUUCCACCCUUUCCUGCCGCCGGCGCCCGCCGCCGCCGCCGCCUCCCCCGCCGGCGCCGCGCCGCCCACCGACCCCUCGGGACGAGCGCUGCCCCCCGGCGCCAAGGACGAGCCUGAGAAGGACGCCGUCAGCGUCGAGGCCUGAGCUGCCGUCCACCACGGGCGGGGACGUGGACUUUCCUCAGACACGCACUGGUGGUCGCGGCCGGGUCCUUAUCAGGUUCUUCCAGGGUCCUUCUCUGCACGGACCGACCGGUGGCCUCUCCGAAAUUGGGAACUCGUAGGGCGCAAAAUUCCGUUUAGUGUUCGUUAUACGUCUUUUGACUGUGGAAAAUGUAUCGAGGACCCGUGAUUCGACAUGAAGCAAUCCUAAGAAGAACCAAAGCUCAAGAAAACAUCAUUCGGGAGACAACAUGUCAUUGGACGUGAUUGAGUACCACCAAGGUUGUUCGUUAAUUGUGCUGAAAAAGAACUGACAAGAGAGAUUGUUUUAUAAAGAAUGGUGCGACAAUGCAAAGUUUUGCAUCUGUAUUUUGAGAAUAUUCGUCUGUUGUACAUUAUGUACGACUUGUUUAUGUACUAACGUAACCAGGCGAUAUCCUCUUCAUGUAUUAAGGUUUCAACAUCGGAGACGAUGUCGCCUGGGAAAUGGGGGUGUGCAGAUGAAGUGCUCGAGAUUUUCGUAUAUGAGGCAGGUUCGAUGUUAGUUUUUAAAAGUACCACUAGUUACCACGUUGUUAUAAUAGGCGUACGUCUAGAAACACUGACAGUACAAAAUAUUUCUUAAAUUCUUUAUAAAUAGUGUUAAAAUGCUUUUGUAAUUCUAAUAUUAUUCAUGCCUAGGUUUAUUUUUAAAACAUAUUGUCGCUUAAAUGAGCUAUCGACUUGUUUAGAGUCGGAUACACCAGCCUGUGAUAAUACUCAGAACAGAGAACAUAGUAGUUCUUAUCCAUCAGAAUGUAUCUCUUGUUCAUUUACCCUUGACACCACAGAGUCAUUUCGAGAUGGGUUUCAAGGUGCAGUCAAAUGUUUGCAAGUACGUUAAAAUAUUAUCUCAGACAUACGAGAUUAAAAUCCAAGUUACCCGCGAGAUAACUCUGGAAGCAAAGAAAAAAAUUUAAAGUUUACCUUAAGAAAGGUUCUAGUUGAAACAAUGUAUCAAAAUUAUUCUUCAAAUAAACGAAAACUUAAAUAUUGAAAAUUUUGAAGUCACGCGAAACAAAAGAGUGGAUUCGUUGAAAACAGCGCGACAUCUGCCGGUCUCGGGCCAUCUGCACAUCCCCGCCAAAGGGGGCGAGCGGCGCGCGCCUGUGCAGCCGCCCGCGCCCCCGGAUCUACACAGCGGCAGCAGCAGCUGCUGCAGCGAGGACGGCGGCGGCGGCGG